UCUCGUUGCCUUUCUACGCCUUCGCGCGUCUCAUCCAAAGGUUUGAAGCGGAGCAAAAUGCGAACUUCUCAAUUAGAAUGACUUGUUACCAAUAUUUAUUUUCAGUUACUUCAUUCUUUUGACGAUUGCAUAGUAGCAUUUCAGUUCGAUAUUUAGUUUUUGCAAUUUGUUACUAAAAAAAAAUCCGCAAGCUGGCAGGAAAAACAACUGGACUGUAAGAAUUCGAAGAAUUUGUAUGAAUCGAUAUGAAACAUACCCAUGUUUUUCAGAAGAGGGAAUUGUGAUCAAAAUAUAUUCUACAAACCGCUAACUUGCAUAAAUUAUGAUCAAAAUAUAUUCGAUUGUGUUGCGGCCUUAUAUUUUUCACUAUUAUCAGCAAUUGAAUGUAUGUGUCCAAAUGUUAAAUUGGCAACACUAUUUUUCUCAUAUUUAUGAUUUGUGACAAGAUACGUCAAUUGUACACGAGAAUAUAUAAAUUAAUUUUUUGUACAGAAAUUUUCCUUUAAUUAGACAAAAUUUGUAUUAUUAAUAAAUUAACGAAAUGCCGCCUAAGAAAGCGCCAGUUGCCAGUAAAAAAACUGAACUUAAAAAAAAAGAGAAAGUUAUCGAGGUAAAAAGUUUUAAUGAAAAAAAAACUUAACCUCAAAACAAUCCCUAAUAAAUAUUAUCCUAUUGUUCCUAUUGUCGACGACGGAUAUACGUAUGACUAUUUGCAGGAUAAAACGUUCGGUUUAAAGAAUAAAAAAGGUUCUAAACAACAAAAAUAUAUACAGCAAGUGCAAAAGCAAGUCAACAGUGGCGGACAUCAUCCUAAAACUGAUGUAAAUAAACGCAAGGAGGAAAAGGAGAAAAAGUUACAAGAGCAGCGAGAAUUAGCUGUAAUAUUUAAACCGGUACAAGCACAGAAAGUGGAAAAAGGCACUGACCCCAAGUCUGUAGUAUGUACUUUUUUCAAACAGGGCACUUGUACUAAAGGUGACAAAUGUAAAUUUUCCCACGAUUUGUCUGUCGAGAAUAAGGCUGAGAAACGUUCCAUUUAUGUGGAUAUGCGCGAUGAAACUGAAGACGAUAUGCAAAACUGGGACGACGCUAAGUUAAAAGAAGUAGUAGACCAGAAACAUGGUGGAGAAAAAAGAAGACCUACAACAGAUAUUAUUUGUAAAUAUUUCAUUGAAGCAGUUGAAAAAUCUAAAUACGGUUGGUUUUGGGAGUGUCCAAAUGGUGAGAAAUGCAUUUAUCGGCACGCGUUACCUCAAGGAUAUGUUUUGAAAAAGGAUAAGAAAAAAGACGAUAAACCUUCUGAAAUAUCAUUAGUCGAUCUGAUCGAAAAGGAACGUGCUUCUUUGGGGUCCAAUACUACAAGGGUUACGCUGGAAACCUUUUUAGCUUGGAAGAAACGUAAAAUACAAGAAAAGAAAGACAAGCUAGCCGCUGAAGAGGAACGCAAGAAGAGUGAUUUUAGUAAAGGCAAGCAAUUUGGCAUUUCCGGCAGAGAAAUGUUCAGUUUCAAUCCGGAUUUGGUAGACGAUGGUCCUAUGGAAGACGGUGAUGCUGCUUUCGAUAACUAUGCCCGCGAGGAAGAUGACGAAGAGGGCGGAAUAGAAUUCAAAGAAUUAGAUCUCAAUGCUUUGUCGCUUGCGGCAGAAGAAGCCGAUGGUACAGGCACAGUAGCAUCGGAAACCAGAUUACACAAGCAAACAGACGCUGUGGCAGUUGCCGAGGCAGCAGAAAAUGAAAAUGAUGAAUCAAUCUGCUCUUCAAGUAAUUCAGACACACCCGCUUGCGAUGCCGAACCAAUUAAUAAGGAUUUAUUUUUGGGAUUAGCUGAUGAACUAGAUGAUCUUGAUUUAGACGACGACGAUGAAGAGUGAAAAAGUUUUUCCUUUUAAAAUGCUUAAAACUCUUAAAAGAAAACCGCUAUGAUAAAAUCUAUAUAAACAAUUCAAGUACUAUCCGUGCAAAA